UUUUACAACUUCAACUAGCUGAUUGCUGCCGGUAAAUAGAAGUUCAGCGGCAUCGAGGGAAUCAAAACGACAAAGAAGAAGCAAUACUACGCAGGUAACAAAAUUAAAGAUAGAAAAAAUAAAACAGAAGCCAAAAUCUUUGUUUUCGAUCAACGAUGGCGGAAGAUCUGGUUCUCGACACGGCGAUCAGAGAUUGGGUGCUGAUACCUCUUUCAGUGGUAAUGGUCCUCAUCGGCAUCCUCCGGUAUUUCGUCUCCAAGCUCAUGCGCUCUUUUCAAGUCCCCGAUCAUAAGAUCGUCAAAGAAGGACAAGUAAUUGUUACUUUGUUAGGGCUCGGAAUUUACGAGCUGCUGCAAAUUUCAUCCCUCCGAAGUCUUUUCGCUCCCGUAGGGUCUAUUUCAGCAACGAGGUUUGUUUUUCAUCUUCCUUUGGAAUUUCUGUUAUCAUAAUUUAUUCUAUAAUUCUCCCCCCCCCCAAAUUGUGCUUAUUUCUUCUUUUCUAAAGCUUUGUUGAACUGUUAGCUGAUUAUGUGAUUAAUCAGAUAUUGUAAUCAGGCUUCCGUGAGUUUAGUUUCUUUUUAUAAGCAAAUUGCAAUUAGUCUAGAAGUUGUGAAUUCCAGCUAAUUUUAAGCUUAAUUGAGUGUUAAAAGUCUGGUUAUAUAUAUAUAUAUUUGUCCCAGAAAAGGAGAAAAUUGAAGUAUCGCACGUUGUAAUCAGGCUUAUGUCAGUUUAGUUUCCGUUUAGGAAGAAAUUUACUAUUAAUCAAGAAGCUGCGAAUUGGAGCUAAUAUUAAGGAUAAAUUGAUGAAAAUAGUGCAUUUAUGUAUAUGUUUGUCUCAGAAAGGGAGAAGAUUAAAGUAUCACAUGUUGUAAUCUAGCUUUGGUCAGUUUAGAUUCUGUUUAGAAGAAAACUGCAAUUUUUUUUUGAAACCUGGUACUUUGUAUAAAAGGGGUACAAAAUACACCACCUCAAGGACCUCAUUAAAAAACCUCCCUAAUCCUAAAUGGAGGAAAAAGAGAAUACUGCAAUUU